UCCAUUCAAUAUGAUUCUAAUUAAUUUUACUUUUAUUACCAAUGAAACUUCAAGUACAAUUCUAUCUUUUGAAAGCUCUGGACUAAUUAUUACCUGUUAUUGAGCACACAUCGAUUUGAUUUUUGCAUAUUUUUAAAAUUUUUGCUUCAUUCUCUGGCCGUUAUAAUUAGAAAAUUUCGUUAUGCAAAUUGGUAAUUGAUUAAUAUAUUGUAUUAUUAUAGAAUGGGACGUUCACAACGAGGGGUGGUAGAUGAGGGUCAGUAGUCGAAGCCUGGUUUGCGCCGCCCUUGCAUUACGUGCCGGCACGUGCGCGGUACGCUACGGCGCGCGUGCUACCCUCCUGUCAGAUUCGCUCGUUCGUUACAGGACGACUGAGGACGACCCGCCACCUGGUCGCGGAAAAGCCGGAGUCAAUGCCGUCGGGUUCGUUCCGUGACCGGGUAGCAGUGAUGGUUGACGACACUCAUCGAAUCUUCCGCGGCGUGUAAUCUCGCGGCGUGAAAUCUCCUCCGUAUUCUCGUAGAUAAGAGGAAAGGGCGAGUAUAAAGACGCGGCGCACAAGUAGGGCAAAAUCUGUCUUCGGCCAGCUAGGCGAGCGAAUCGCGCUUGACCGCGCUGCAAGAAUCGUGAACGCGCGUGCGAUAAGCGAGAGAAGCACGUGUCGUUUGCAUGUGGGUAACGUACGUUAUCGCGUUGCCGUUAUCACGCGUCGAGUAAGCGUAUAUCACGGAACGUUGCGUCGCGUCGCGUCGCGUCGCGUUGCGAGCCGAUUACUCGCUCGCGAAAACGCGGCGAAUCGAUGCCUCAAUUGCCGCCGCGUCGCCCGCGCCGCGAUUCGGAGCCGCGAGCGCCGAGCAGCUAGCACGCGAUUGUCGGCGAUUGCUGAUCGUCCGCUCGACUGCUGGAGCGACGAGGACCAAUUCAAUCUCUGCAGCGGAAACCGAGUUCCUGGAGCAUCGCGCGAGCUAGGACCACUUCGGCUUCCUCUUGCAACAGAGCGAAAGUAGACGGCAAUCUACAAGGCUCUACUGACGCAAGCUGGAGAAUCGUGCGAUCUUGGUGACCUGGGCAUGGUUUUAGUUGUGACGGCGGGGCGAUGACGCUCAAUCACCGUCCGCCGUCAUUAGCAGGAGUCCCUCAGGACUCACGCAGCUUCCUGCUUCCGGUCCCGGUCCCAAUCCUGGUCUCCGACGAUUACCGCUAUUUAGCGAGAAACAUCAUCAAAACACACACGACUGUUGUAGCCGGAAGGAGAUAUGAGAGACCGUCCUCAUUACCGAGAUCACGGGCAUGCCAUGCCACUCGAAGAGGCACAAGGGCUGUUACUUCCACCCUCCAGAAUAGGUAACCGGGGACCUCUGAACGUAACGAUUGUACAGGUCGGCAGAGGAAAUGGAGGAGGUGGAGACGGCGGAAGUGAUUUACUAAGAUUGGAACCGCCAUCGGAUUUAAGACCAGCCCCGUCGCCCCUAUCUGAUACCAGUGCUACCUUGCAGUCUGACAACAAUGACACUUUGGUUGGAGGUGUCGAUCCAAGGUUAUUGCUGGGAACUGGUGGUGAUCGCGCUUGGGAGGGCCGCUACCACGUCAAGGAACAUCGACGUGCUGGAAAAGCCACCUUUCAAGGUCAAGUUUACAACUUCUUAGAGCGUCCCACUGGCUGGAAGUGCUUCCUGUACCACUUCUCUGUGUAAGUGCAAUGUUUUGUACCUGCAUGCAAUUUAGUUUUUUUAAAAUUUAAUAAUAUAGUUUUUAAUAUUGGGCAAAAUAUUACACUAUCAUCAUUAAAUGUAAUUUUGUAAGGAUUAUGUGAGGAAAAUUGAC